AUGCGCACUAAAAGCUCUCUCCGUCUUUCAUUUGCCCUGCUACUCCUACUGGUCGUAGAGGCACUUGCCGAUGAUGAUGAUACUGAUUUUCUUAUGAAUGUCUUUUCCGACCUUGGCCCCGUCCUCGCACUAUUCGGUGAACAGUUUGCUCGACAAUUCCUAAGUGAGACCUUCACCUGGUACGAUCAUGUCAUCUUUGCAUGCGUUCCGUUGGGCAUCAUGACGGCAAUUGCUGGUGCGAUCCGGGUCCAAGGUCACAAGUUUCUCAAAGCCUUCAUCGGUCGUGCUCGUGAGAACAAGGCGGCUGCGGAGAUUGAGUACAUGUCUUCCACUUCAGCCGAGGUCGGUGAGUUGUUCAAUGGAAGAGGCAUCGUUCGAACAAUGGGGCAGCCCGAAAUUGCUCAGUUUAUCGUUUUCCCCGAUGAACUCCUGAAGAAGAAGAAUGGUGCGCAAAAUCAAUCAUACGGCAUACAUACUCUGAAAUCCGCAUCUCAAGAAGGUAUUUUGUGCAAGGAAGGCUAUACCGAUGAACUUGACCUGGCGGCACAAAACUGGUUGAAGUCAUUCAAAGGUACGGAUACUCGCAAAAAGGAUGUCGAGCAAGCAGAAACCGGGUUUAGUCGUUCUGUCUCGAGGAUCAAAAGGGCAAAUCCAUUGCAAAAGAACGACAGGUUUCCCAAGUACUGGGACUCCCUGAAAUCCCCCAAUCUACAGCUGAACAUUGCAACCGAGAAGAUAUCGCCAAGACGGAGAAGCAUUGAACUCCACUUGGCCGCCAUUGUUGCAGUCAUUCUGCAGGCAUCCCUUCUUGUUAUAGCUGGUGUAGUCCCUUACCGUGCUGAGGGCUACGAGUCUCAACCUUGGGGACUUCCCUGCUAUAUCGGUGGCUCGGUUCUUCUUUUCAUUGGUAUGCUUUCAUGCUCUGUUGCUAUUGAACGAAGCACAAAGGAGUUCAAAUGGAGGCCCAGCUCAGGCAUCACUAAUGAGACAAGGAAGCCCUCUGAAGUCCGGGAUCAAUCCAUGGAUUUGUUUUGGGUACAACGGACGCAGCGCGUCAGUGAUCAGGACUUCGACUCCUACGUGAUCUCUUCCCGAAAUAAGCAGUUUAUCUCAACUUCUAGUCGACGAGAAGAUGUUCUCUCGGGAAUGAACGACACGGGAAACAAAGGAUCUAACCAAAUCAAAAUCGACCCCAUUGAUGACGAAACAACCAACAAGCACCCAACAGCGAAAACGCCAGUCGAUUCUGACGAAGACCGGAGACUGGAGUCAGACUUUCUAGCAGUAACUGCGAUCUUCGCUGGUGGUGCGGGUUUCACAAUUCAGUUCAUUGGCCUCAGGGGACUACCAUGGCCUUGUGCUGUUGCUCAGCUUGGUGCCAUUAUCGCUAUGGCUAUAAUCAGGGCCCUAGUCCGCCGAAGGCUCGGAGACGAUCCGAACUAUUGCCAUGCACCUUCUCGGUAUGAGCUAGACCUACUCGCUACUCAACUCGUCGAAUUCUCAAGCCCACGACCUCCUAACCCACCUUUUAAGCCUCCUCAAAAAGACUGGACGUGGAGAGUUGAUACCGCAAAACAUCGACUACAGAGCAUAUACUCAUUUCGUAUUGGAAACUGUUUGAAUCAGAGUGUCUCGAGCUUGACUAAGGAGGAUUCUACUUUUUCCCAGUCCGAUCAAUCUAACGAGGCUCAGCGGAUCAUGCUUGUUCGAAAGCGAUUAGGAGAUCUAGUUCGAUGGGAGACGGAAGCAUUCAAGCCAGCUCUGGCAUUAGCUCGUUCCAUCGAACGAUUUCUGGACGAGUUCAUGCCUGUCGCGUCCGACAAGAAUCUAAUAGAAUGGAAAGUUCCUAUGAAAGACUCGAAAGAUAAGCGAUGUGUUGUGACACUUGCAAUCACGAAGAAAGGCUCAAGUGGCUGGAAGAUCAAAGUUGGCGAGGUUGAAGCCAUCUUGUCACUAUGGAUGGCCCACCUGGAUGCAACUAAAGCGGCGAAAACGAAGGACAAAGAACAUACUGACUGGCAAAGAUCCAAAGCUGGUAUAGCACUGGGAGUUGACUACUGCAGGAUUCUUGGCCCUAGUGACCAACGCGGUGUCUUGGAGCGAGACAUCAAGUGGUGGGUGGGCAAUCCGGCUGUGACCGAGAUUACCAUGGCCAAGAAAAUGGAGGAGGAAACAACUAGCUCCAGGCAUCAAACUUGCGAGGCUUCAUAUCAUUGCGAUGAUCCAGGGCAUGAUGAUAUCAAGAUGGUUAUUGGCUUUAUGGGACCACUCCAGCCUGAAAACACUCACAAGCUACUCGUACAGCACUCUACGGCUGGUCUAGCCACCAUUGCUGCCCAGCACCUUUUCACUGGUUUCGUAUGGACGGUUGUUGAUCUGGAUCAACUACCAAAAGACUUCCUCGAUCAAGGCUCCAUAAACAUCCAUGAAUCUGUCAGCAUCCAACCACCUAAGCCCUUAGAUUUGGAGUCGAGCAAACUUGGCACAGGCCGAAAAUUGAGUCAUACUAAACUGACCAGAUUCGCGCUUCAUGCUGAGAAAGAGGGUCUUGGAGUACUGGAUGACAUACUUUUGUGCCUCAUCCCCAUCUUCAGCCUCAAAGAUGUUCUCCCCAACGACGUUGUACUGAAACUUGACUUGCCUGGCCUGCGUGGGCGAAGCUCAUGGGUAAAAGACGCACCAGCUUACUUGGCUCUCCUAAAGUUCAUGGCAAAGGAUUCUAUAUGCCGUUUCGACGACUACCUAUCAUUGGCUUCAGUAGUCCACGCAUUGGACUAUAUCUACCUUAUGGCUCUCGAUGAUCAAAAUAUGGCUUAUGGGAAGGCUUUGCCUGUAGUGGAUGAUAGAGCCUCCGCUCCCAAGCCGGACGACUCCAGUGCGAACUCCAAGUCUCUUAGCCGACAGUCUUCUGGCGACAUUCAAAAGCUGUUGGAUCAUAUCUCUCAGUUCUACCCAGACGCAGUCAAGAAACUCUCAGUAUUUUACGAAUUACAAGGACGAAAAGACUUUCUCUGUAAGCUUGAGAGCCGCUGUGGGGAGAUAAAGAAACCCUGGUCGCACGUGUAUGACAACGAGAAGGAAAGCUUGAUGAAACAAAUCAGGUUCACGUUUCUCCAUGACCAGGCUUCCAAUAUGGCCCCUAUAGAUCUGCGGUCAUUUCAAGAGAAGGAUUGGAAGAAGCGAGACAUAUUUGGCUGGACAGCUCUGCACUAUGCUGCUUCUUGCAAGGAAUUCAACCUUGUCGAGGAGUGCCAGCAACACAUCAUGCGUAACAGUCACCUUGAUGGUUGUCUCAAAGCCCUUCUACGGCAGAGCCACCCACAGACAUGGUGGUUCGACAAUUUUGGCAGAAGCCCAAUUCAUGUGGCUUGCUUGACAGGAAACCAUGGUUUUCUUCAGAGACUGUUAGCAAGCCUGUCAGAUCAGGAUGCACGAUCAAGCCUAGAAACGAAAGGAUUAGAUGGGAUGACCCCAUUACACCUUUCUGUGCAGGGAGGUCACCCAAAGUGCAUCGAGGUCAUUACGAAUACUGGCCAUUUACAGGAAUUCGAACUGCCGACAGAUUCUUGGAAGCGGAAUCCGGUUCAUCUCGCCGUCGCGAAGGGUGAGUAUGAGUGCUGUCAAGAGCUAAUUUACAACGGCAAGCUCAAGUUCAGCCCAUAUACUCUCGAUAUUUAUGGGAAAUCGCUCUUCUCGUACCUUGACGACGAGAACGACGUGCAAAGAUCAGUCGGGCAACUGCUUCUCAAGGUUCACUCGAAAGCCUUCGAGCGGAAAGACAAUGAAGGCCAAUCUAUUUGGCACCUCGCAAUCAAGUUCCUAGACAAAGACUCGAUAGAAACACUGAAGGACCAACACAAAUUGACGAUCGACAACAGCAACAACAAUGGUGAGACCCCGCUGCACCUCGCAGUCAAGCGUAAGGACAAGCGGCUCGUCGGUUGUUUACUGGAACUUGGGGCAAAAGCAGGCAUUAAUGCGGCAAAAGAUCAGUCUCCAUUGAUGUUUGCCUGCUUCCAUGGCGAAGCGGAAAUGGUCCAAUCCAUGAACAAGCAAGCUGCAAAUGAUGUGGAUAAGGACGGAAAGUCUCCAUUGCACUAUGUGCUUGAGUGCAAAAGCUGCAAUGACGAGGAUCGAGAGAAGAUCGUCAAGUGGCUUGUGUCAGCCAUGAAAAAUGUCGAUGUCGAGGAUCAACGGGGCCGUACGCCGCUACAUGUUGCGUGUCAGAACUCCAAGAGCUCAAUAGUUUCUAUUCUUAUUGAGAAAGGGGCUAAUCCGGGUAUCAAGGAUGACGAAGGCAACAAUGCUCUACAUCAUGCAGUAGGGCUUCGGCUGCAGGUUGGUGGUGUAACAUUUACCUGGAGAGAAGAUGUUGCCAGGAAGCUUUUGAAAAGGUCACCUGACUGCAUCAGGGACCAGAAUGAGAAGGGACAUACAGCAUUGUUCUUAGCACUUAUGCAAGGCGAGGAAGAUGCUAGUAUUUUUCUCCUAAAGAGCGGCGCUGACCCUCAAAUCAUUACUGAGAAACAGUAUUUGACGCCAUUCAUGUGGGCAUGUCUGGAUGGCGGGCCACUAAGAUUCAUCUCAACGGUCCUCGAGAUGGCUGAACAACAAGUUGAUGGCUUUGAUAUCAAUCAAGGCGAUUCGCGGUUUGAUAAGUCACCCCUAGCGUGGGCGUGCGAAGGAAACAGUACCGAGGUCGUCAAGCUAUUGCUCGAGGCUCGCAAGUCAGUCCAACUUAAAGACAAGCUAGACCUUAACAGAAAAGCAACAAGAUACAGCAAUUAUACGCCACUUCAUUUCGUUAUGGUCAACAAGAACCACGAAAUUCUGGAAAUGCUGCUCGAUGACCCCAGAAUCAUGCGUGGAUUGGGCGCAGCCAAGUGUGACGGUCUCAAUCUUCUAGAGUUCGCUUUUGAACUACCAUAUCCGAGUUGUCUGACCACAUUGCUGUUGCACCAUCACACGAAGCCUACCGUGUUCUUCAUGAGUGGCUGGGAACGAAUUGUUCAGAAACACGCUAGUGUGGUCGAUAGCGUCGAACUCUGGGAAGAAUGGGAGCGCGCCGUCCUUGAUCCAAAACACAAAUUGCGGUUUCCUAUUCAUAAACUGGCUGAAGCUGGUCGACAAGAGAGGAUCGAAGCACUUCGCCAUAGUGGAGUGAACGUUCAUGAACUUGACGAAGACAACUGGACACCCGCCGAUGUCGCUGCCAGGUUCCAUCACAAGGAACUCGAAGAGCUUCUUCGCAAAGACAAUUCCACAAGAGACCUCACUACACAUAAGUACCGUGAACCAUCGACUUUCAUUAAUGUUUACGAGGGACCAGAACUUAUGGCAUCACCAUGUCACGCAGAAAGGCCAUCAUUGUCUUUCAUCCUAGACAUGAAUGUACCGCCAACCGCAGAGGGGAUGGGUUGCUAUCUUCGCACUCAAGAGGCCAUUCCUCCCAACUCGAAAUGCUUUUACUAUGAAAUAGAGGUCCUUCGUGUCAGCAAUACAACACGCUGUGUCUUUGGCUUCUGUCAGUCUUUUGUUCCUCAGAGAUCGCUGCCUGGCUGGCACAAAGGAUCGUGGGCCUAUCAUGGAGAUGAUGGGGGAUUAUUUGUUGAGGAAGGAUGGCAUACAAGUCGAGAAAGUGACCAGACUUUCGAUGUAGGCGAUGUUGUAGGCUGUGGUAUGAAUUUAGACACCGGUAAGGGAUAUCGCACUAAGAAUGGAGUCCUCCUUGAUUCUGGCGACGCCUUUGAAAAUCACAACUCCUUGACCGGCAAAUUAAAUCACGACUUCUCGACCGGCAAAUUUUAUCCAUGUCUAGGAUUUGGCGCCAAUACCCAGGGGACUGAGAUGCGAAUCCGCGUUGCGUUACAAGCUACUGAAGUACAUCCUUUUUGUUUUCAAGGACCCUACGAUGGACUGUUCUCAGAAAGGAAUACGUAACCGCUUCAGCAGACUUGACUUGUUGUGGGGGCACGCGGAUAAGGCACCAGAUUCCUUCAGUAAUCAAAGGGCUCACAGGCCACAGAGGUGUUGUCAAGAAGGGGUCUUUAAGUGUUCUUCAGAACCAUACGUGAUCAUUGCAAGCUCAAUGUAAUAUAUUUCUCUCGAAGUGAAUUUUUAAAUGCAAACAGAUUCAUGUCUCAUGUGUAUCCAUCAAAGCCCAUCAGCCGAGGAGGUCAGGCAAUUGGCCUUAUCAUCACGACAACUUCAGCCCUGAAGGCCAUCAGCUAUCAUCGCAUUGACAAGCUGAACAUGUCGAUUGGCGUUUGUCUCACUCCACUCAUUAUCAUAGUUAAGACCAUAGGGCCAAAUAUGUCCUCCGCCACAG